ACACAAACACUGACGUUUUGCAGUGCUGGUUUUCAACAAUAUUAAUGCCAAUUUUUUUCUUAUACGCCUAUUCAUGCUUGAAGUUUAAUUUUUUCGAGUUCUACUGAUUAAUAAGCUGAACCGUAAUGAACUCUGUGAGUUGUGCAAGCAGCCUGAACAGUAAAUCCACUCCCAAAACCUCUAUUAACGAAGAAAACAGGAGUAAAUCAUGCGACACAAAUUGCUCCUCAAAUUCGAGUUGUUUUUUCAAAAAACGCAAGCCCGUGAAUCCUUUGGCGUACUCCCUAAGACCUACAUAUCAAAAAACCAACAACAUAGUCAAGCAAAGAGUGAUGUCGGCGAAGUUAUUGAAAAUGCGUCAGCUUCAAAGUCAGCUAAACGAUGCCAAUUUUCACUUGGCUGAAGCUACACGUGAAAAUCAAACCCUCAAAACUUUACAAAAGCGACAAGACAAGGCUCUGUCGAAGUACGAAAACACCAAUGAGGAUUUGCCGCGUUUGAUUCAUUCGCACGAAGAAGAAAUACGCAUGUUGAUUGACAAAAAUAAAAAUCUAAGAAGAAACGUUAGAGAAUUAACUGAACAAUUGAAACAAAGAGAAGAAGAAUUAAUCAAGUCUAGAGACCAGUUAGUGCAUCUUGAAAAACUUGACAAAGACAAACACUUGACCGAAAGAGAAAAAUUAAAAGACCUAAUGGAAGAUUACAAAAUUAAAUUACAGAAAACCGAAGAUCAAGUGACAGUUUUGAACAGAAAACUAAUGUUAGAAAGUAAAACCGCUAAACAAAGACUAAACACCGAAAUGCUGAAGCAUAAACAGUGUCAAAGGGAACUUAUGCAAGCUCUGAUAGAAAUUGAUAGAUUAACUGGGCAAUUGGAUUUAAGAGAAAACACUGUUAGACCUAAAAAUCUAAAAUUUCAUAAAAGCAACUUGAAAAUUAAUGGCAAAUUAUCACACAGUCAAAUACCAGUAACUGACGUUAAAUUAGAACCACUUGCAAAUGGUUUACGAAGCAGAGAAGCCGAUAGAAAAAUUGAAAAUACAUUUAAAGCACCAAUGGAAAAUAUUAGACAAAGACUUUCUAGUAGUUCUACUAGAGAAUUAAAUCCAAUUUCAAAUUUUUCCGAUAGCAGAGACACAUCGGCAGGAAGCAGUUUUCAGAGUAGACCAUCAAGUUCAAUUAAAUUAGAAAAAUUACCUGAAAAAAAUAUAGGCAGAAUAAAGAGUGAAGAAACAACAAAAAUUAUUAAUAAAGAUGAAAAUGAUUCAGGGGAAGAAUCUGGAGAAGAAGAUCUAAUUUUAGAGUACAACCACAAAAAAGAAGUCUCUUUCAAUAAAACCGAAAACUUUAGUUUAGAAGAAAAUCAAACAGAUAAUGAAUUAAAUCAUGAUGAGAUGCUUCAGAAAAUGGAAAAAGAAGACAAAUUGAUGCAAGAAAUUUAUGAGAGAAAAAGCAGCGAUGAUUUGUCAAGUACUUCUGAAAUGGAGAAAAUGGCUGGAAAUUUGGACGAAGUAAUACAAAGAGUAGUUGAAAAUUCCCAUGAGAAAUUUGAUAAGGAUUUAGGAAGUUAUUGUUCGAAAGUUUUGGACAACGUUAAAACUUGCAAUAAAGUCAUCAAUUACCACAAGAAAAGCCUGAAAGAUUCAAAAAAAGAUACAGACACAAUAUUGGAUACUUUCAAGAAAACUGAACAAACCGAAAAUAAAUUGAAACAGUCAUUUUUUAAGAUGGGAGACGACAUGGACCUCGUCCAUGAUAUUUUAAAUGAAGAGCUCAAAUUCCAAAAGGAAAGUAACAGUAAUCAAAACAAUACUAAAUCUCUAGUCGAUUUGGAAAAUAAGAGGAAGUUAUUAGCGACACUACGCGCUAUAGAUAAUGGCGAUAGUGAAGCUUUAUUAGAUGUAGAGGACCAACAAAAACGAAGGAAUAUCAUGAGGGAACUGUUUGGUAACGUUGCCCAGUGACAAUAUACCAAUGUUGAAUGUAUAUCAUAUUUAUUUAUAUUUGUUAUUUUUAUGAAAUAUAAAUUAUUUAAUAAAUAUAUUUACAUAUUUAUUUUACACAAAUAAAAUACAAUUAAAUUACAACGAAAAAUAUAUUGUAUAAUAUGUACAUGAUUUUAUUUGUUGUUGAAAUAUUCAAAUAGUUUUCUCUUUGAUUGUUUCCGCGUCCCUUUUCACACUUCUCACAGUUUCUUUGUAGCCGUGAUUUUGCGUUGUCCACAAUUUAUAGUAUAAACUGUUGACGUUCUGCAUAAGUUCCAUGUGUGUUCCUCUUUCACUGACACUCCCUCUUUCCAAUACAAAAAUUUCAUCAGCAUCCAUUAUCGUACUCAAUCUAUGGGCUAUGACUAUCGAGGUGCGAUUUUUGGUGGCAUUUCUAAGAGCUUUUAAGAUGUUCUGAAAAAGAUUAUGUUUUUAAUAACAUUUCA